AUGUUUCGCUUUCACAAGACCAAGGACAUUGUCACCCUCUUCCACAAGGCCAGCUCUCCAGCCUCUGUCCGUGUUGCCACUCUCCUCAAGCAAGCAUCUGCAAAUGCCACCGAGCAUGCCACCGAAGACCAGGCCAGCGACCACUCGGCACAGACGACUCCUCAGCGCGCCGAAUUCGAGCUGAACAUCACCGAGGACCCACCAACGCCCGACCAGCUCCAGACUAUUCUGCAAUACGUCGGCAGGCCCGCCAUUUCAUCCGUCGUGAAGGGUGCAUCGAGCGAAAGCGAGGCGUUGAAAAUCUUCAAGCAGAGCGCAGAGGCUUUCCAGCGGCCCGUGACGGUGGAUUGGAACAAUGGCAAGGCCAUCGCUGGUGCGGAUGAGUCCAGAAUAUUGAAGGUUCUGGGCCAGAUCCCCAAGAAUUGA